CAAGCUGGACCUGAGAGAAGGAACCAAGUCUGGCAGGAGAAAUAUCUUGCAAGAUGAUUUAGCAACUGGUUCAGAUACUCCGAAUUGUUAACAACCAGUUCAGAUACUCCAGAUUUGCCACUGAAGAACCCUUCAUGCAAGACAAGUUGACUGCCCCAAGCCACACUGGUCUGUUUGGUAAAGGUGAUUUGGAUGUGUCAGCACCAUAAAAUACACAACAGCAGGAGUAAGAUGAAGGUGUUGCUGAGCCUGACUCUGGUGCUGACAUGGCUGGAGCCGAGCGGAGGGUCUGGCCGGGUGUUCACAGAGCCUCAGCUUCGAGCUAGCGCUGGGGACUCUGUGCUGCUGCAGUGCCACUUCCUAGACCUGGAGAACAAGGGCUGGACCGUGAGCAAGGUGGAUUGGAUACACAGGGCCAGGGCUGGCACUCAGGAGGAGGUGGUGUUUUUUUACUACAGCAACCGUGGGGUCCCCGCGGGCCGCUUCAAGCAGCGGGCGCAGUGGGAAGGGGACCUGUCCCGGCGGGACGGCUCCAUCCGGCUGCGGGACCUGCACGUGAACGACAGCGGCACCUACGAGUGUGAGAUCCGCCUGCAGCUCAACAGCAGCAUCUUCAAGAACCGCACGGUGCUGCACGUCAGCCCCCCGGCGCAGAGAGAAGGACGAGGAGCAGCAGGUGCCCAGGAGGUUGCACCCCUGAGAGACUCCGGGUUUUGGCCGGCGGUGGUGGGCUGUGGCUGCGUGGCCGUGGUGGUGGCGUUCCUGGCCGGACUCUGCGUGAGGAAGAGGUUUGCAGGCAACACGGCCCUGGAGAGGAUUGGAAACAGCAAGAGCAAAGCAGAGGAAGCGCUUUACUGCUCAAUCCCUGGAGCUGAGAUACCCAAGGCUGAACAGGAUGCCAAGAAGAAGAGGAGAGCUGAGGACACCUACAUAACCAUGCACCCCUCCCACUGCCGGGAGAACGGCGUCUACGUGGAGCUGUCCAAGAGGAUGAUCCCGGCAGAAUGGAUGGGAGAGGGGAGACAAGGUGAAGGACAAAGCCAGGAGCCCCACAGCAGACCAGAGCAGCCACUUCCCCGGGCUCCAGAGCAGGAGAAAUAACUGUGCUGGGGGAUGAAACCUCUUAGCCAGGUGUGUCCAAGACACCUUUGUCCCUUUGGGUGGCCAGAACUGGUGACACUUCACUGUGUGCUCCGUGCCAGGGCACUGCUGGGGGAUGGCCCACCCCAGCUGUCUGCAGAGGACCAGGGGAAACCUGUCCCUCUUGCCCCCUGGUCUCUGGAGAGGGGCACAGUGGGCACAGCCUCCACGCUCUAGCUUUGAGCCUGGUCCUGAGACAAGGAUCUCCAAGGGGGGACAUGCAGCAGGGGCCAUUAUGGUAUUAUUCUGGAGAUAAUAAAACUCAGGGACUCUUCCCUGUUCCUGUCUUCGUUUUACCUCUUGCUUA